AUGGGUUUGUAUAUGCAUAUCAUAUUCGUUGGACUAACUCUGACUCUUUACGCGUCAUGGUGCGGAAGUGUCUCACAAUCGGGCGUUUUCCACUGGUUGGCAGAGGACCGAUUCGAUGAAAUUAUGGACAGAAUGUCCUCUGUUACUGCCGAUAACUGUAGGUCUAAACCCAAAGAGAAGCUCCGGCUUCCCAUGGAAACUGUUUCACAGUUACCACGGUACAAUAUGUUACUGAGUACCGUAAUAUAUUCAAAUAGAUCCCAACUACUACACCUGCACAACAUGGCUCUCAAUCGAGCCUUUUUCUACAGUUUCAUAUACCAAAGACAGAACAGAUCAGAGGAUUUUAUGAACCAGCCAGGUCUUCAGUAUCUCUAUAUGGCCGCCACCGCCGAUGUAACUGGAAGUCAAGGGUUUAUAAACGGUUCUGCUAUGUACUUUGACAAUCAUUGUAAUUACCCUCAAUGGUACCUCUACAAUGGCGUGGAAUUCAACAAAACACUUCCCCUGUUUGGACCUCGCGCGUGGAGAACGGAUGAUUAUAAUGAACCGACGAAUUGGUUACGAGAGCCUACUAACAAUACUGUGGACAUUCAUGACUAUGGAGCUGGAACGAUGAAAAAUUACACAAGUGAUGCUUACAAAGCCGCCCCAUGGUACUCUGCAUGGCUCCCGGAUAACGACAAGAGUCAAGACUCUCUCCGGAAGUUUACCUAUUUUGUGAACGUGAAGUUUUCCAACGCCACAAAACAAUUUACUCAUAAGGAGUUCGAGGGAAUCGAUUUUUUCGGGCCUCCCCAACCCGGACAAUCAGACAGAGAUGUGUCCCUCCCGGUCGAAUGGACCAUGCCGUACUUCGACUGUGGCCGAUCCAACAGGUGGAUCGUCAGCGCUCAUUCACCAGUAGUCGAAUAUAUGCCUAGAUACUCCAACUGGACCCAUCUCCGAAGACCUAGGUUUGUGGCGGUGGUGACCCAGGAUAUAGAGUUUGAGAGGAUCGACUUCAACCCCUGCCCCAAGAGUGAAGGAAAUCCCGACCCUAACUACUUCAAAGAUACCGCUAGGUGUAAACCUACCACCAUGUGUGAGCCGUUGAAUGGUUAUGGAUUCCGACGGGGUGGCUACCAGUGUGUGUGUCGACCUGGCUACUACUUUCCCUGGUGGCAUGGUGGGCCUUUCCUGGGAGACGAGAUUGAGAUCGCGACAGAAGAUGAAUACAUGAAUAACUUUGAUUGCCUACCUGUGGAAGAGCUUCAGGUGAUUCCGAAUGAAAUGCCCACAUUUGUGCAAAGGAGAAGAAAGAGAUCAACACUAAUAACUAAGAAAUCCACCUUAUUUAAGAUCAUUACAUCGGGUCAGAGUCCUAGAGCAAAAUUAGUAGCCAGAAGAUCUGUUCCAAAGGAUAAGAUGAAAGAAAAACUCAGAAAUCGUCGACAUGUUCCGAGAUAUGAUGGACAAAGUAAAAAAAUUAGGAAUAAACGGGAUCUGUUUGAUGCGGAAAAGAGAGUUAAAAUGGACAAGAUUUUGUUAAGAAAAGCUCAAACUAAUGCUGCAAACUGUAAAACCAAAAUGCCACAUGAACUUUUCCUCCCAGGAGAUGUUGCCUAUGGUGUUGAGAAACAAUUUGAGGCACAAGGACGUACAGCAGUUCGUUUAGCACACUUCCUGUCGGACUUCUUGCAGAAUGUCGAUGAGUACGAGAAUUUUGGUAGUAUGACUGGUGACCGACGUCUGAAUGAAACACAUUUGUUUGGAGAAGUUCUUGCCAAUGUCAUGGCAGACUUCAGAAUCCUUGGCAGUGGUGUUUUCUUUGAGCGCUACAAAUUCCGCAUGUCUCCACCAAUAAAUAAUACUGAUCCACGAUACAACAAUGGAAUAGUGAGAGAGUUCUUUGGCCCAUACUCAUGGAGGAAGCAAACCAAGACUGGUGAUGGUUUAGAUGAGUUUUUUGCUGUAGACUCUGCUGGAUACUCUAACUUCUACACAGACGAGGUCUGGUACAGAACUGUAAAGGCAAGAUGGCAGACCAAUUUCCAUAGUCUUGUCAAGUACACAGCCAAACCCAUGGUGAGGUCAGAUGUGAAUGGUACUAGUCUGGUCAGAUUUGAGUACUAUCCCAUCCAGUACUAUGCUCCAAAGUAUGAACAUGGUGAAUGGCUGAGGCCUGAGUUCAAGUGUGAUGACCGCAUCAUGGACUGGGUGGUUACUUACGUGGUUCCUUUCUUUGGAUUUAAUGAAUUGAAAACCAUGCUUGAAUUCAAAGGAGUAGUUAAAGUUGAUGUCAAGUUGGAUUAUCUAGACAUAAAUCAGUGUCCACAGGACUUCUAUGUAGCCAACGCUUUCAAAAAUACAGCCAAGUGCGACUUCAAAUCAACUUACUGUAUUCCCCUUCCUGGGAAAAGAUUCCAAACUGGUUCCUACAAAUGUGAAUGUCGUCAAGGAUACGAAUAUCCAUUUAAUGACCUUGCCUGGUUCUAUGAUGGUCAAACUAUGGAGGAAGAGUAUUCAAAGAAAUUGGCAGGAAAACCGAACAGGUUCGGGACUCUGAAGUGUCGUAUAGCUGGUGCUGCUUCCAUUGUUGCCAACUGGGCCUUAGUUACAGGAUCUGUACUCGCCUUCUUCUUCCUAAAGCGACGGUAGAUGCUGAUUCGACAAUACUACAGGCUUCUUUCAAUUCAGGAACAUUUCUACAGCACUACAAAAUGAGUCCAUGUAAAAGUGCCAUACUGAAAACAGAUCUUCUUUACACUGAAAUAUGUAUCUUUAUGGUAUUUUCAUCAGAAGUGCUUUUUCUUUUCAUGUAGAGUUCUCUUUUUAAAUGAUUACCAAAAUCCAAACUAUCUUUUAGAAAUACUUUCAAAAUAUAUCAGAAGUUUGAUGUUACACAAAUAACUGAAAGCUUGUUAAAUGUAAGGAUGGAAAUGCAAAUUAUACAAAUUCAUAAGAGAACUUUUUGUGUACAAAACAUGCAUUCUGUCAACACUUAAUCCUAAAUCAUAGUGGAUGUUAAAAGAAGAGAGUGUGUGUGCAUGCAUGUGAGAGAAUGGUACAUGUAUCGAGUAUAUUUUAAACUAGGAUACAAAUUUUCUAUGCAAAUGUGAUAUUUUGUAUCUUGAUUGCAAUAUGUCUAAUCCAAUUGUAAAAAGUUGUAUAUAUUGUAAAUAGGUAAAAUGUAUGUAUAUAUUUUUGUAAAAUCAUAGCUCAAAGCAAUAACUCCAUCGUUCAUUUAUCAUUUCAUCAUUAGAUAUUUUAUUUGAAAUAGGACAGUUUCAGAGAGGAAAUAUCAAGAUUAUCUAUUCUCACAAUUCAAGAUUAAGAAUUAAUGGGAAGAUUAUUAUCAGAUAGAAUAUCACGGGGGGAAAUAAUUAGAAUGAAAAAGAGAUGUUUUUUUGUAUAUAAAUUUAUGGAUUUAAGAAUUAGGAAUUAAAACUUUUUCUUUUAAAAGAUAAAGCUCUUGGCGUGUUGAUACCUUUUCUUAUACCAGUUCGUUCAGCGAUAUUAAGAACAUGUGACACUUAAAUAUAUUCAUAAUUUUACAGAGUUGAUACCAUCAGUAACAACACUAUUGGAACAUGUAUUGAAUAUGAGAUUACAUAUUGCUCUGUAGUUAAAAAUAAAGACAUUCUCAUUUUGGUAUCACUGCUUUACAUUGCAUCAUGGGGAAGCUUUGCUGUAAAUAUCAGGAUUAGGCAUUCAGUGGGCAUAAUUUACAUAGAACUUAAAACGUGGAUAUAGGAGCGUUAAUAAAUUUAAUCAGUGUCUUAUUUACUCUGGUAUGGUCCUGUCAUGUGAAUGAGUUUGAGAAGAAAUAGACUACAGAUUGUUCUGAAAGGUUUCUGUUGAGGAGGGAGGGAUAUAUUACAUACUAAAAUUGUAUUGAUAUAGUGAGUAUGUGAUAAAUGUUUAUUACUGAAAAUAACAAAUCAUCAUAAGAGUGCUGAGAAAGUGUGUUGUGGAGUCGUGUCUACAUGCAGUCUAAAUUGUGAUAGCCCAUUACUACUUCUAGAGUUAUCUACCUUGAAAUUACCCGGAAAUCAUAGUACAUUUAUAAUAAAUAAUUUAUUGAAUGAAAAGUUUUUUUUUCUAAUAAGCCAUUUUUUUGUCCCGUCAACUUUUUUUUUACUUUUUGUUGGGAUACAAGUUUUACUGUACCAUAUAUUUUUACAAUUGUUUUGGAAUUAAUUUUGCUGCAAAAAA